AUGGAGUAUGAAAACGAUGAUACAUGGAAAAGAUCGAGUUCCCCAAAACAGAAAACAGGAUGUCACCCUGUACCUCGGCAAUCAACAACAGCUGCGGUGAUUGUACUAGGACUCGCGGUGUUAAGCUGCUUGCUUGGUUACUGCGUUCUCAGUGAAACCCUGCCGUAUGAAUCCAAAACCUUGCGGCUUGUUAUUAUCGUUUUCCGCCAUGGAGCCCGUACACCAAUAUCUUCAUACAAGAGCGAUCCAUUCAAAAAUUAUCAGUGGCCGGAUGGACUGGGGAGCCUUACAAACGUUGGCAAGUUGCAGUUAUACGAACUAGGAAAGAAAUACCGCAGUUACUACGCGAAUUUCAUUCCCGAGGAAUAUUACGAGAAGGACGUGUUUGUACGGAGUAGUGACAGGUCUAGGUGUAUGAUGAGCGCGUACACCUUCCUCGCUGGACUUUAUCCACCAUCGGAGAGACAGAUGUGGCAUCCGGAGAUACCCUGGCAGCCAAUACCAGUACAUUCAUUACCAACACAAAUUGAUAAUAUAGUAGCAGCGACUAAACCAUGUAAAGUAUGGAAGGCUAUGUACAACGAACUGUUAGCUGAGCAGAAUUCCAAUACAAAAUUCACAGAAUUGUUCGAUAAUUUGAGCAAAUAUACCAAUCAAAGUAUGCGUAGUGUGCUAGAUGUUGAUUUUUUGUACAGUACAUUGCUGGCGCAACAAGACGCCGGUUUAAAACUACCGGAGUGGACAAGAAAUGUAUUCCCAAAUAAAAUGCGCUACCCAUUCAUGCUCAGUCUAGCUUUGCUUUCCUAUAAUCAAACGUUACAGAGAUUUCACACUGGUCCAAUACUAUCAGAAAUCCGUCAACAUCUAAAAGAUAAUGUAGACAACUUGAAUGUUGACCGAUCCCUAUAUUUGUAUUCAGCGCAUGAUGUUAAUUUAGUAUCUCUGUGGCGUGCUAUGGGCUUCAAAGAGCUCGUGGAACCGGAGUACGGAGCUAGUAUAGCGAUUGAGUUGCAUCAAGAGGUCGAACAAGACACGUAUUUCAUACGGAUGUUCUACCGCAACAACACAAAAGUUGAAGUUCCGAUGGAAUUGAAGCUUCCAUUCUGUGAUGAUCCGUGCACAUACACCAGGUUCCAAGAGUACAUCAACACCUUGUUACCAGAUGAUUGGGAAAAAGAAUGUCAGAACACAUAA